UAUGACUGCCACAUCUGCCUUGCUCCUGCUGGUCACUCUUCUGCCCCCUCAAGGGCUCACAGCCCACCAGGACUCUGGCAUUGUGAAUGGAGAAAAGACCAAAACCAACUCUAAACCCUACAUGGUCUCUGUGCAGGAGAGGAACAAGGAAACGGAAAAGAGGGAACAUAUGUGUGGGGGUUUUCUUGUGGCAGAUAACUUUGUCAUACUGGCCGCUCACUGCUACACAAGGGACAUUCAGGAGGUCCUCUGGUGUGUGGGGGGAUAGCAGUGGGAGUUGUGUCCUUCAAUGAUACAGACUAUUGCAACCAGUCGAGAGCACCCAAUGUCAACACCAACAUAUCUCCCCUGGACCAAGAAAGGAACUGGACUUAAAUCAGUCAACUAAAUGAUUCAUAAACACACACACUCUUUGUUACAGAAAAUAUUAACUGAGUGUAUGUGCAUGUGUGUGUUGAUUUCCUGUAAAAGUCUCAAGUACUGACAGACAACAUAGGGUUAUUAUUUUAUAUUCAUUUUUAGACAGAUAACCACAUGUUUCCAUCUAGCCUAAGACAACUAAGAAUCUCUGGUUACAUGAAAGCGACACAAUUCUCUGAAAGCACACCACGCUUAUUUUCAGUGCCAGAAGCCUUGGUCACUGUGGUUCAUCUAUCUGGUACGUAGUGCUGCUAAGCACGGCACUAACGCACUGCAAACUUAGCAGGUGCCAAAACUGCUGCACAGGUACUGGAAAAACAGACUGAGAUGACAGUAGCAAGGUCUGUCAAAGUUAAUGUAUCUAGAGUGUGGUCAAACAUUAUAAACCUCUAGUUGGUCAUGGUUGGCAUGUAGAGGUUACAUUGGCACAGAAUUGGGUGAAACACAGGAACUAAGUGGUACAUCCUGUAAAGGGUUUAGAGAGACACUCAGCACUUUGAAACCCAGCAGUCUGAGAAGACAAAGACCUCAACCCCAUCAAACACCUUUGGGAUGAAUGUGAACGGCGACUGCGAGCCAGGCCUAACCGCCCAACACCAGUGCUCGACCUCACUAAUGUUCUUGUGGCUGAAUGGAAGCAAGUCCCCGCAGCAAUGUUCCAACAUCUAGUGGAAAGCCUUCCCAGAAGAGUGGAGGCUGUUAUAGCAGCAAAGGUGGGAUCAACUCUAUAUUAAUGACCAUUGGUCUAUUUACCCCUCUUUAUUUCACCUACCGACUUGGAAAGAAAUUUAAAUAUACAUUCAGUUAUUUGGCAAAAUACAGACGUUGCCAUUGUGUUGGGGGAAAUAGGGAUGUCUAAAAGCGCAUUCUUAUUUAACCAGUGUCAGGAUUUGGCCAGGGUUGUUCCGGGUUUUUGUCAGUAGAUGUCCCCAUUGUGCUUUUUGUCCCUGUGUUUUUCCCUUGAUCCCCAUUAUUGUUUGCACCUGUGUCUCGUUCCCCUGAUUGUAUUUAAACCCUUUGUUUCCCUCAGUUCUGUGCUCUGUGUUUGUAUGUUAGCACCCUGCCCUAGUGUUCUGUGUGCUCUUGUCGAUUCCGGGGGCCUGUUGCACAAAACUAGGAUAAGGGAUUAAGCCAGGAUAUCUUGAUCCUGGCUCAAUUGAUCCGUAAUCCGGUUGCACUAAAGAUGGAUAGGGGGCAGGAGGAUAUGUUAUGGUAUAAAUUACCAUGGAGAUUUAUUCUGUGGAGCUAGCCUGCUCCAGACCAGGCUAAAUUCCAGGAUCUAUUUAAUCUCAUCCCUAAUGUCAGUCAGCAGUCACCACAAAUGGAAACCAAUAGUUAUUUCACUGCUCACUAUACAUUGUUAUCACAUAUAACUAGACCCACUGUUAUUAUUUAAACGUUUGUGAUCAUUAAUUUCAAUGAUUUUGGAUAAAAAAUGAUUUUUAGAUGAUGUUGCUAUCAUUAGAUAAUUUACAGUUUCCCAUAGACUAUAAGGCUAUAUAUAAAAUGAUAGAAUAUUAGGGCCACAGAGGGGAAAAAAACACAAGUCAUAAUAUUGUAACCAGUUGUUUUAAAGGAGGACAGUUGUUAAAAUGACAGAUGUGGGGCAUUUCGUGAAAUUGUACUUCAGUAUGGUUUCAUAAACAAAGACAU